CUUCCACAGAGUUUUCCAUGAUAUAUCGGUACACGUUUGUCAUCCACGUCCACAAUUUACCCGGUCCCCUGAAGUUAUUCCACAGCUAAUCGUUGCUGACAAAUAGAUUAGUCCUCGAAGUAAGGUUAUUCAUUGCUUAAAUGUCAAAAGAAAAUUUCUUCAAAAGAAAGAAAGGUUCUCGUACCUUAAUAUGUUCACCUUCUUCUCUACCGAAUUAUUAUAUCGUUGGAAGGUUUAAUGGUUGCAGUGUAGAAAUCGAAGAUGUGGAGCAAAAAGAGCAAUUGUAUUCCUAUGGAUGUUUUGGGAAAGGAAAUCUUUCAAGGAGUUUGCCAAAUUUUAAAUCCUCUGUGAAUGAUGUUAGUGAAACUUCAAACUUGAUGGUUGAAGAAGCAUUUUUCCUAAGUUAUGUCAUUGGAUGUUUACAAGUUAAAUUUCAAGAGAAAUUCUUGAAUUUAGAUGAAAUCUGGGAUUUGUUUAUGAAAACUACCAACAACUUUUUGUCUCGAUAUCUAUCUUACCAACAUUUUCGAUUGUCUGGUUGGGUAGUCCGAUCGGGUCUGAAGUUUGGCGGAGAUUUCAUCCUUUACAAACAAGGACCUGAGUUUCAUCAUGCAUCUUAUUCAGUAGUAGUGCGUGACCUGAAUAUGUCCAAUGAAAAUAAUAACAGUUGGAUCCAACUUGCCACUAUAAACCGUAUUACAGAAUCUGUAUCAAAGGAGCUUCUACUGUGUGAUGUGGUACCAAUGCAUCCUGUACCUAAGUUAACCACUCCGGAAUGUCUUAGACAUUUGAGAUUGAAUGUUGUGGUCUUGAAGCGAUGGGUUUCUGCACAAGAACGAAUAAUUGAUUAGCUUGUCAGAUGUCUUAGACAUUUGAGAUUAAAUGUUGUGCUCCUGAAGCAAUGGGUUUCUGCACAAGGACAAAUAAUUGAUUAAUUUGUCGAAUGAACCCCAUUAGAUGUGUUAAACUGCCAAGUGUUGCAACUAUGUGACUGAAUGAAUGUAGUAGCAGAGAAGGAUGAAGUUUCUCUUUGAGUUUAAGGAGCCUACAUUCACCUUAUUCAGGAAGUCAGUAAUAAAGUAUGUCAGUGUGCCUGGUAACAACCUUAGAACCCUGUAUCCUCUGUGAUCUACCUUUAAUUUGGCCAAGGAUGAUUAUCUGUUCUCAUUAUUCCAUAAACUUAGUAUUAGUAGUAGUAGUAGUAACAUAGUACUUCUUAAUAAAUUUGCGUGUGUAUGUGUGAGUUGUAAGUACAAGAAAUACAGAAAAUUUAUUAUGGUA